AUGGCCAGCGCGGGUGCACAACCUGCCGCAGGUGGGACGGCCGGCGAUGAGCCCACUACAUCGGGCCCAGUUGGUUGCAAAGGACCGAUCAGCUCGGCCGUAGCUGUGGCCGUCGGCGUAGCGACGCUUCUGAUCCUGGUGGCUUCCGUGGCCUUCGGUGCCUUGCAUCGCGGCGACGAGACGGGUCAGGUGCUGGACUUCCGAGACGUCAGGCGCUCGAAUUUGGGGGGCCAAGGCCCCGACUUGGGGGCCCCAGAGCUGGUUUACGGCUCCGUCCUCUGGGGCGCCGAAGGAAAAGUCGAUCUUGUCGUCCAGGCCAGCCACGGCUACCAAGCCCAGGCAGCCCGCGACAACGGCCUCGAGGGGCACCUGGGGCGCAUCAGCCUCCAACCCUCGCGCUCGCGAGAGGCGCACUUCAACUUCAGCUUCCGAGCUGCCGGAGGCGGAGCUGGCGGAGCCCGCACGCAGGUGCAAAGGUUCUUUUUCACCGUCUUUUUGACCUCUUCCGGAGAACUGGUCCGUGUCUCCAACUUUUCCCGGCUUUGCUGGGAUAUAGAUGCGAAGUUCGAGCGCCAUAGGCGUCGCAGCGGACAAGACGUCCUGCUGCUGGCGCCUCCAAGAAUGGAGGCGCUGACGCCCAAAGAUCUCAGAGGUCUCGAGGAAAGGCGGCACGCAGCGACUUUUUUUUUCGAGUCUGCCGAGUCUUUCUCGGUGUCGGUCCUCACCAAAGGUGACGACCGGUCCAACAUGGACUUCUUUUUCUCCGGUCAGAACGUGGUAGAUGACUUGUGCGAGGAUAGAGGAAAGGUGACCUCUGGCAUGAGCGUGGAGGUCGUCCGAGGCGCUUACAGCGGCUUCCGGGGAACCGCAAGGCUGAGUGGAAAGCAGCUCAAGAUUAUCCUGGCCAACGGCACUGCGCUGGAGGUGGAGCCAGCAGACUGCAACAUCAUUCGGGAGGACCUGCACGCCAUUCGAGAAGAAUGGCGGGACGAGAAAUCCGUGGGCAGCAGCACUUGCGCUGGGCUUUACGAUGCCGAGCUGGCCUGUUCACAGGACGGCUGCUCUGUGAUCGUGGCCCCGGAGUCGUUCCUGAGCUGUGAUGCGUAUUGCCAGGCCCAUAACAUGCACUGCCACAAGGCCUGGAGAACCCGUCGAGGGCAGUGCCGGCAUGAGGAGGUGGUCGAUUGCCGCUACGGGAUGCCCACGGCCCAGCAGCUGAGGGGCAAUGAGCGGCUGUUGUGCCGCUGCCAGCCUCUGGCCCGGAGUCGCCUCGGACAAGAGGUGGUGGCGGGUUCGCGGGUAAUGCUGCUUUCCGGCAGCCACCGCGGGGCCGCCGGUGCAGCUGAGGCGUCACCAAGCCGUGGUGGCCAUGUCGAGGUCCAUGUUCAGGAGUUGCUGACCCUUCAGAAGGAAAGCUUCUCCCGGAUUCGGGAUGGAAGGUCCGUCUCUUGCGACGAGCUGCACAUGGGUGAGGACGUGGAGAUCAGCGCAGGCUCCCACAAGGGCCAGCGCGGCGCGGUGCUGAAAUGCGAUCCGGUCUCCGAGCGCUUCAGCGUGAGCCUGGAGCGCGCCUUGAAGGUCUCGGCCUUCGACGUCGAGGUCCUCAGCUGUGCGAGAGCGGGGGCAAUUCCGGACGUGGCGAAGAACUGUUCUGUAGACCACUGCAAGAUGGAGGCCCGCCACCCGGCCUCCUGCCACGAUCACUGUCACAGCCAGGGACUUCAGUGUCUCCGUGCCUGGCGUCGGGGUGAUGAUCGCUGCAAAGAGGAGGGGCUCCUUCCCUGCGACCACCAUCGGGGUGGGGACAAGAUCUGCGAGUGCGUCCCGCAAGUCCGUCCAGAUUUGUGCUUCCAGAAGGGCCUCACCUUUCGGCCCCUGAACAUGCGGAAGCAGGGGCGCAGCCAGGAGCCGGAGGCGUUGAGCUGCCAGCGGCGCUGUGCCAAGGUUUUUGGCUGUGCCCACUUCUCCUACUGGACCGAUGGUGGCUGCCAUCUGCAGGAUGAGGAGGCAAAGCUCGAAGGCAGCGACGGCGUGAUUUCGGGCCCUGCCUCCUGUCUGCUUCAGCCUGCGCACCGGGGUGCCGGCGGGUGCCUUACCGAAGGCGUGAGCUAUGACCCCCUAGACAUGAAGGGCCAGUCGCGCACCAGCGGGUCUCUGGCAAAGUGCCAGCAGCGCUGCGCCGGCGUCAGUGGCUGCGUGCAUUUCUCCUUCUGGUCCGAUGGGGGCUGCCACCUCCAGGAUGCCCGGGCCGUGGCCAAAGGAAGCCCUGGAGCCAUGUCUGGAAGGCCCAACUGCCACCUUGAGGUGCCUGCGGGCUCCAAGAGGCCAGGGCUGCUCGCGGUGGAAAACAGAAGCGGAGUGGGGAGCCGCGGCGGCCAGGGAAGCGCCUGCGCUAGCCUGGUGGACGUUCAGCAUCACUGCCAAGCAGCACACGGCUGCAAGGUGGUGGUGGCGCGCAUGGCCCGGCGCUCCUGUGAAGUCUACUGCGAGGACGAAGGCCUCAGCUGCAUCGGUGCUUGGGAAGGCCAGGCGUGUGGCACUUCGAAGCCGAUGGACUGCGACAGGCUCACGGGGAGCGCGACCAUGACUUGCCACUGUGUUCACAGACAGGGCUCGAAGGAGUCGCAGCAACACGCCCACGAGAGACACAGACACGGGAAGGCCGCAGAGUCGGGUGAAGAGGAGGACUCCUGGGGCUUCCAUUGCAGGGGCUCGGAUAUCGAGGCCUGGAGUGAAGAAAAGCGCUGGUGGUGCUGCCGAGAGCUGGAAGUCGGCUGCGAGACGACCUCCUCCAAGAGCUUUUCCUGCGACCCUUCCGACGAUUUCGAGAUGUGGGAGGAGGACAAGCAGCGUUUCUGCUGCCGGGAGGAAGGCCUUUGCACGGAGGACUGGGGGUCCGAGCACGGUGAUUCCGAGGACGGCGAGUCCGAGGAUGCGGAGAGCGCGAUGCUCGAACGCGAGACUAGCGACGAGGACGGCGAGUCCUACGACUGCGAGCAGCUGCUCUACCAGGAAGCGGAGGCCUUUGAAGCCAUGGACUGGUGUUGCAGCCACCGUGGCAUCGGAUGCCGGCAGACGCAGCGCUGCGACGCCGAGGUUUCCUGGUCUUCCGAUGACCGGAGGUGGUGUUGCGAGCAUGAGGGCCUCGGGUGCGACGAGCUGCAGGCCAGAAUCGCCCGGCUCGCACGGCCAGGGUUUUCGUUGCACUUUUGA